ACGAAGAAUACCGACAAACUUUUUGAGCUUGGAUACUACUCCUCCCCCGAGAUGGCUCAGGCUAUACUGGGAACAGAGAGGCAUUUCGACCAGGCAGCCAAGGGGGGGACCAUUGUCAGUGGGGGGCGUGCUGCAGCCAAUGCGCCUUCAUACCUACUCGAUCCUUUAAGUUCGCUACAACAUAAAGCCGCAAUAGAUGGCACUUGGGUAAAUUGGGAUUUGGUGUCUGGAGAUCCCGAUGUCAAUGCUGCCAGUGACGUCUGCCUGGUUUUCAUCAACGCCAUGGCAACCGAAGGAUGGGAUCGAGAUGGCUUGCACGACGAUUUCAGCGAUGGCCUCGUCUUGAGUGUAGCUGACAAGUGCGCCAACACAAUUGUGGUCGUUCAUACAGCCGGCAUUCGCCUGGUCGAUCAGUGGAUUGAUCACCCAAAUGUUACGGCUACAGUCAUCGCCCAUCUGCCGGGUCAAGACAGUGGAUCAGCCCUUGUUAAGCUCUUAUAUGGUGAGGCUUCAUUCUCUGGGAAGCUCCCGUAUACUUUGGCGCGAAACGAAAGCGACUAUCCAGUGUACGCACCCUGUGUGAGGCAGGCAAACACCACCAGUCCCCAGUGUGAUUUCACUGAAGGCGUAUUCGUUGACUAUCGCGCCUUUGACGAAAGAGGCAUCGAGCCAAGAUUUGAAUUCGGCUUUGGCUUGACGUACACACAAUUCACCUACUCUUCCCUCCUGGUCAAGACGCAGAAUGUUUUGAUAGGCGCUGCAUCAAAUACUAAUGCCUUGUGGGAGGUUAUACUGAAUGUUGAGGCAUCAUUCAACAAUACUGGCAGUCGUGCUGGCGAGGAAGUUGUACAGUUAUACGUCGCAAUCCCCAAUAGCCCCCCGAAACAGCUUCGAGGCUUUGAUAAGGUGUCAUUGGAGAUGGGAGACAGCGCUACCAUUCAAUUUGAAUUGACACGAAGAGAUCUCAGCAUUUGGGACGUUGUGGCUCAAGCUUGGACGCUUCAAGGUGGUAAUUAUACCAUUUUCGUAGGAGCAAGCAGCCGAAAUCUGCCUCUUCGAUCCUCCUUCACAUUGUGA